CCUGUCCUCUAACCACAACCACUACAAAAGACCUCAACUUGGCUCACAUCCUGACCUGUACUAUAGUUAGCCUAUUAAUUAAUUUAGGCCUGUCCUAGCAAGACUUCAAGGAAGGACAAUAUACUAAAAGGGAAAGGAAACAACAGGAAAUUUGAAAUGAUGUAUGUAGACUAGUUGGUAUUGCAGUGUUCCUAGUAUCAGGAAACAGCAGCCAAGGAGUAAAGGUGCCUUUAGAAGAACAAAAAGGUAUGAACAAGAUAGGGAGGUAUUAGAGGAAGUGCUCAUUAGUUUUGUCCAAAUUCCUGUGGACUUGUUCAGAUGGUGAAGGAUUUUGACAAUUCAUUUCUAAUGUGUCUGUGAUGAAGGAGUUGUGCUUUGAAGAUUUUACAGUAAGCUCAAGGAGUUCUGUGUGAGGCUUUUAAUAGGUUGCUUGUUUUUAGUGGUCUGCAUCUCAGAAAUACCAGUUUAACGAUAGAGAGAGGAAACCUAAAACAAUUCUGGUAUAUAAUGGGCAUGUAUGGCUAGGUGUUCAUGUGCAGUCAACUUCUGUGUAUUAUUCCAGCUUUAGAGACAUGCAGCAAGGCAACAAGAGAACAUGCUUACACUGAAAAAGUUUCUAUCAAUUUCAGUAGAACUUUCCUUCAGAAUCCCUGUGGUUCAUUGCAUGUGAGAAUGGAAAGAGAGGACAAGAUCACAACAAAAAACAUCAGUUUCUCUUAGACUUUAUACUUAUAGAACAGAUUCAUGGCACUCAGGAGGCAUGUGAAGAACUUCGUAAAAAAUUAUUCUGAUGCUGAGAUAAAAGUCAGAGAAGCAACAUCUAAUGAUCCUUGGGGACCGUCAAGUUCUCUGAUGUUAGAGAUAAGUGACCUUACUUACAACACAGUUUCUCUUUCUGAGAUUAUGAACAUGAUCUGGCACAGAAUGAAUGACCAUGGAAAGAACUGGAGGCAUGUAUACAAAUCUUUAACACUUCUGGAUUAUCUGCUCAAGAAUGGAUCAAAGAAAGUUAUACAGCGUUGCCAAGAGGGUUUCUUUAACAUUCAAGUGUUAAAGGACUUCCAUCAUUUAGAUGAAGCUGGAAAGGAUCAAGGUUUUCAUGUGAGGGAGAAGGCUAAGCAAGUCCUUGCUUUAUUAAAAGAUGAGCAACUGUUACAUAAUGAACGUGAAAUAGCACGUCGGACAAGGCGGCGCACUUCAUAUGCAAUGCUUUUCCCCCAAAAGAUACCUAACAAGGGUUAUUUGACAACAAUGCCUGCCUCGGACCCUGUUUCAGAGUUCCCUCCUUCAGAGAACAUCCAAUAUUUUUCCUCCAAGGCAUUUCCUGCUCCAGACCAAAGCCAGCCUGCUCAGACAUUAAACAAAGCAGAGACAGUCCAAGAAACAACAACACUUAACAUCAUUGAAAAGAAGUCAUCAGAGGACUUGAUAGUCUUCAGUGAGGAUGAGUCUUCUACUGCUGCAGCACAAUCAACAUUUUCAACUGAAGUCUCUAGAGAGGAACUGGCAACAGAUACAAGGGCAGCUGUCAGUAAUUCCUGGAAUGCAAGUGCUCUGAGUCCUUCAGACAAAACUCCGCUACCUUUGCAAAAGUGGGAUUCAGGCAGGAAAUCAAAGAGUUCUGUUGUUUCCAGAGUUAUGCUGAAAUCACCUCUGAGAAGGCAAUCAAGUGUACAUGCCCAGAAAGUUGCAGCGCCAUGGCUUGAUCUUUGGUCCUCUGGUCCAGAAGAGGUCACCACUAUCAACAAGCAACAGGUUCCAAAACCAGCCUUCACUUGCUGUCGCAGUGGAGUCUCUGUGGAAACCAUCUACAAGUCUCCUACAUUUCAAUCCUUUGAUCCGUUGAGUAGCAGUGUCACAAACACCAUGAAUCCAACACCAACUUCUAAGCAAUUCUAUGAGCCCAGUCCAACUAACCUGCGAAGCCUCAACUUCUUAAUACCAGGUACUUUACAGACAGCUGGUUUGAGCAGUCAUCCCAUCCCAAGGCCAGACUCUGCCGGCUCAGUUGGAACAACAUCCUCCUUUUCUACAUUCUCCAUGUCAUCCCCCGAGUCAGCUGUUCCAAACAACACACCACAGCCUCAUUGUAUUCCUCCCCACGGAACUGCUUAUUUGUCUUCGCCACAUGGACUAUCUUCUCUUUUCUUUAAAGAUCUUAAGGAAAAGAUUGCACAUUCCUUUUCUCCUUGCCCAGCAUCUGAUAUAGAUGACAAUGCUAGCAUCUUAAGCCUUCUCCCUGAUAAUUCAAAAUGUUCUGUGGGAAAAAUUAAUAGUUUUAGGAGCAGAACUUGCCGUGCUUCUGGUGAGAGUUGGGGAAACAAUUUAGUGUGUGAUAUAUCCUCUGUGCCUAAUCCUGGUGUACCUCCUACAACAAAUCUUCCCAGUGCAGAUCUUCUUUGUAUGAGCACUGAACAGAAAAGCAUGGCCCUUUUGGAAGAGAUAAAAAAUGCUGUUUGUGGACUAAGAGGGGAUUUCUGCAGUGUGGCCCAGGAGCUGCGUACUAUUGGUAGUGAGCUGACAAAUAUGAUGGUUUCUGUUCAAAAUAUAGACAAGUUCUUUGCAGCUUCCCAGACUGCUAAAGAAGACUCUGGCCAACUGUAGCUCUCAGGAUAGCCAUGCCAUGAAGAUAUCUUAGAUUGUUUGUAUAUUCUGCCUUACAUAGCUCAACAAAUCUCCUAGUUUAGAGUUGAAUUGCA